AUGAAAACUGCAUCCUGGUCAGAUAUAGAGCAGAAUCGCCCAGAAACACCAGAGAGAUUUCAGUUAUGGGUCCAGGUAUUAAGCAGUCGGAGUUUUUCCUCGGGGCGACAUUACUGGGAAGUGGAUGUCAGUGAGGGAGAAGAGUGCAGAGUCGGGAUGUGUUAUCCCAGUAUAGAGAGGGGAGGAGAGCAGUCAGGGAUUGGAUGUAAUAACAAGUCCUGGGUUUGA